AUGGCAUCAAAUUUGGUUUCCAGGUACUUCAUGGCUUUCUUAUUGCUGAAUCUUUACUCGAAAGUUGUAGGUGCAGACCUAAACUUGUCAUUUUCUUUCGAGAACUUUGGUAAAGACUCAGAAGAAUUUGAAUCACAGAUUGCUCUGUAUGGUGAUGCUAGGGUUGCCAAUGAUAGUAUUCGAAUUUCUGGUUCUGGGAGGGUCAUUUACAAGAAACCUGUUAAGUUUGUUGAAGGAAACCCAAGAAAUAUGGUGUCUUUUUCUAUGAAUUUUGUGUUUUCCAUGUCUAGUGAAAAUGGGGAUGGCUUGGCCUUUAUUAUAGUUCCUGCUAGUUUUCCUGUGGAUGUUUUUGAUGGUGGCUCAAUGGGGCUUUUGAGGGAGAGAAAAAUGAGGUUUCUUGCUGUUGAAUUUGAUACUUUUAAGGAUGAAAAGUAUGGUGAUGCCAACGGUAAUCACGUUGGCAUUGAUAUUGAUAGUCUUGUGUCUGUUAAAGUGAGCAAUGUUUCAUCAAUAAAUUUGGUGCUGAAUAGUGCUGAAAAAUUACAGGCAUGGAUUGACUAUGAAGCAAAUUCUAAACGAAUUGAGGCGAGGUUAAGUAAGUUAGGUGUCGUUAGGCCAGUUGAGCCAUUGCUUUCUUAUCCUAUUGACUUGUCACAGAUGUGGGGAAAGGAGGAUGCUUUAGUGGGAUUGAGUUCAUCGAGUGGGAAUUCAUCACAAAAGUGUAAUGUGCAUUCAUGGAGUUUUAGGUCGAGAAAUUUCCCGCAUUGGAUGCAUUCAGAACCAGUGGACCCUGAGUCUUUUGUGAAGAAAGGAUCGGAACUAAAUGUUCAUAAGAGAAGUUAUUGUACCUUGAGAAUCCUCGCUGCAUUGAUUUUUGGCACUGGAUGUGGAGCAUUGGGGGCAUUCAUUGCGCUGUUUGUUUGGACUAUCUUUGCAAAUAGGCGUCCUGUGGUGCCAGAGGAAUAUGCUGUGAAGCCAAAGGAAUAUGCUUUGCAGCCGAAGGAAUUUGAGUACAAAAAGUUCAAUGUUGCUGUAGAUAAGACAAUGGAUGAUGGUAAGUAG